AUGACAAAGCCCUUAUCGCGCCAAAAUUUCAUUUCAAUAAUCAUCUUAUAGCUGAUAAAUCAUUCCAUAAGGGUUGAAACCAUGAGAAGAAGGAUGAGGACCAAAGAAAUUUUCAGGCAAAUAUUCAAGUAGACUCAUAUAUCAACGAUGUUAUUGAAGAAACAAUCAAAGUAAAGUAUCAGAGAUACAUCAAACUUACUUGCUGGGUGGCAAUCUUUCUUUGUAGCAUUAUUGUCAUCAUGAAUGCUUCUAAUGUUUCACAAGAUAAAGGAGAAACUAAGAUUCAGCUUGCAAUAAAUGCAAGCGUCUUUAUUGUAAUUUUAUUGGUUCUACUGAUCGUAUUACAGUACAAACCGAUUUAUAUCUUAUACUUCAUUCCUUUAAUGAUUGGAGUGAGCUCUUACAUGUGAAAUAUUCAAACAUUUCAAAAAGGAUACUAUCGCCUUGAUGAGUUUCAUAUUUCCAGUUGAUGCUUCAGUCAUUUAAUAAUGAUAUUGGUCCCUAAUAAAUGGAAGGCAAAUUCUAUUAUUCACACUCUCUCAAUGAUUCAUUUGGUAUAUGGAAUUUGGAAGACAUUUGGAAUCACUAACUCAGAUAUGAUUUUCAGUUUGAUCUUUUCUUGCUUAUGGUUCACAAUAUCCAGCUAUUUAUUAAUAAUAAAAAUGAGAAGUAUGUACGCUGAAAUCCUCAAAAACAAAAAACUCAUCGCCGAAAUGAAGAAAGUCAUGCAAAUUCUCCCCUUCGGUGUAGUCAUCUGGCCUUCCAAAGUCACCGACAAGUGGUUCACCAACAUUGAGUUCACCAGCAAGUAUGCUAAAAUUCGCAAAGACCUCGAAGAACUCAAUAGUAUCGAUGUGUCUUUUGUGGAAGAAGACAAGCAGAACCAUCAAGAUGGGCCUCGCGAACUCUCUGCGUUCUUGAAGGCACAGCAACAGCAACUUGACUCUAAAGACUCGAUGACCGACAACGAUGUCAAGAUCGAGUGCAACCCACACAGCCUUAUCGAACAGGCUGACGACACAGACAGCAGAACUUGUAACGUUAAGACCCUCAUGGUUGAGUGGGAAGGCGCCGAAGCCUAUAUGCAUGUGUUUGUAGACAUCACCGACGUAAUCAAGCUGGAGGAGGCCAAGAACAACAUAAAGUGCCAAAAGAUUAUGUUCACAAGUGCAUCGCAUGAAUUCAGGACCCCUUUGAACUCGAUUACGAACUCCUUUGAUAUUGUAUUUGGCUCUUUUUAAAACAAUCGAAAAGAUUGGGCACCCCUACUUCUCUCAGCUGCAAGGAAGAAACAAAAUAGUCUUUGAUGAAAGUUUUCAGGAAUUAUCCAAAUUUGUGAAAAUAGGCAAAAAUUCUUCAAUGUUACUGCUCACACUCGUUGAGGAUGUGUUAAACCUAGCAAAGAUGGAGGCAGGAACAUUUACAAUUCUCAAAGAACUAUUCUCAAUUCAAGAAAUCCUUGAAGAAAUCCAAGACAUCUUCACUAUGCAAUGUGAGCAUAAAGGACUCAAAUUCUUACUAGAUGCACCUCCAGAUAUCAAGAACAUGCUAAUCCACUCUGAUAAAGCAAGACUGAAGCAGAUAAUUCUGAAUCUGGUGUCCAACUCCUACAAGUUUACAUUCAGAGGGUACAUAAAGAUUGAGUGCAAAAUUGUUGAAAAAUUAGAAAAACUGUUUGUUCAGUUCAAGGUGAGGGACACAGGCAUGGGAAUUAGUGAAGAGCAACAGGAAAAAUUAUUCAAGCUGUUCAGCAUGGUGUCUGACACUAAAGGUCUCAACCCUAACGGCACUGGAAUUGGUCUAACUGUCAGCAAACGUUAUGUUGAGGCUAUUGGUGGAGAGAUUCACCUGCAUUCUGCACUACGAAAAGGGACUGAUGUAAUAUUCACUAUCCCAAUUGAUGAUGAGUCUGAAUUCAUUCCAAAUAACAUUCAGAAUAAUGAAGAAUCUUGAAAUAUCUUUGAAAAUGAAGAACCAAGAGGUGAAGGCAGGUUCAAAAUUGAAGAUCUUCAGAAGAUUGCAAUCUGCUCAAGAGAAAAGUUUAAACAAGCUUCCUAGAAGCAUAGGUAUCAUUAAAAAUGUUUCUAAUACUGAUUCAUAAAUCUCAAUAAUAAAACAGCACCUCUGUGAGCAUUUAAGCUACUUUUCAUAUCCCUCUAUACUGCCUUUCUGCUGGCUCUUUCUUGCUCUAUAACAAUCUACUAUAUCUUAUGUGCAUUUCUUAUUUUAUUUCAUAAUUAUUUUGAGUUAGUGCUAUUCUAAAGCUAACACACCAGGCUAGAUAUUCUGGCAGCCGGAUAUAUUAACCCUAAAACCCAUUU